UUACAAACGGUUUUAUCCGUGAGUAUUUCCGUACUUUCCACACUUGCUUAUUUUUACACAGUCUAACUAAUUGUUCGCGUUCAAACCGAAAUUCCAAAUUAGGAACGUAACUCUAGAAUCGAUGGCCUCACCUAGUCGGAGUUCCCAGCGAUCCCUGCUUAACGCAGGCCUCCAAUUGUUUACCACAAAGCUGGGUAGGACCCAGCACACGCUUCCGCUGAGUGAUUUAUCCUCGCUGCAUGGUGUCGACCUACAUCAUCAGAAUACUGUACCGACUGGGAUGUCCCAGCAGCUGGCGGAUGUCCAGAAGCGCACCCAAUUUCUUGAGGAGCGGAACCGCCAGCUCAGGAAUCUGGCGCUGGAUAAAUCUGACCUCUUCGAGUCACGAACUGCCAUGCUGUGCUCCCGAGCUUUCGACAUCAGUCAGGAACUGUUCGUAACCAGGAUGAGGAUUAACGACGUGGAGAACGCCUGCACUGAACUUCGAAGUCGCAUCCUGGACGUAAAGCUGCGACGCAUCCAGCGUCUCCGGCUCCUCUGCCACGAGAUACAGAAACUGCAAGAAGCACUGGAACACCAGCUGCCCCCGAUCCUGAUGCACGUCUGGCACAGACUUUGUUUCCUAUGGAACUGUGUGGACUGCCUGGCGCUUGUGUCCUGCGGGGCCCGUCCCGUCUUCGAGGCAGAGAGCAAAAUGGAUAAAAUGGAUGCCCUCAAUCUCUUCGUGGCGGGCUUCUGACAUGUUCCGCCUUGUCCUGGCCCUUUAGUAUUUUAAACACUGGUUAUCGAGCACCGCCGAGUUAUCGACAGUAAUCGGCUAAUCGAGUCGGGAAAAAGUUACUUUAAACCAUUGUAAAUCACUAUAGAAUACCGACACUGAAAUGUAGAAUGUAGUCAUAAAACUUUUUUAUUACGUGUUU